AUGGCAGGCGCAGACCUUGUAUCCAUAUUCUGGGACUACGGUUCGUCAACGUUGUGCUGGUCGGUUGACAUGCCGGGCAACGUUCUAGUGGACAAGAUCCGAACGAUUGCCCAUCAAUACGGCCGUGUCACUGCGUUCAAGGCCUAUUUCGACCUGGCGGAGGCUGUGUCGUCCAAAUCACCCAAUAUUCGCUCAGAGCUGCAAGCCUCGGCCAGGCUAUUGAAUGUGGACGUAGUGGAUAUGCUCGCUUUCGCGAUUGACCAUCCGGCGCCCGCGACAGUCAUUUUAAUAUCUGGAGACCGCGACUUCGCA